AUGAAAUUCUCCAUCCUCCUUCCUCUCGCUGCCGUUCUGUCCUUCGCCGCGGCGCAAAGCAUCCCAGACUGUCUGGGCAAUUGCGUGGAAUCCAGCACAGUCUGUGACUCUGGUAAUAUUGAUUGCUACUGCACCAAUGGGAGCUUCCAGCAGGGCGUGCGGGAUUGCUUGAAUGAUAAUGGGUGUGGAGAUGAAUUGCAGGAUGGAAUCAAUCUGGAGAAUGCGAUUUGCGGGUCGUCUUGA